GGGUGAUACAAUGGAGAAACUCUGUGUAGACGACACGGCUGUUUUGGCUACCUUUAGCCAAAUGUGUGCUGAGCAAGGCCUUCUACAGCGACCUUCUGGUUUGAAAGACGGGGAUGUUAGCGAUGGAAUCAAUGACAAGACAACUCUUCUGCGAUUCCUCCAGGCCCGCAAAAUGAACAAUGCCGAUGCCGUUGAACAAUUCCAAAAGGCGACCAAAUUUCAUGCUGACAAGAAAGCGCUUCCUCUAUACGACUUGAUCAGUAUCGAUGAGUAUGAAGAUACACGGAAGCUGUAUCCGCACUGGACAGGCCGUCGCGACAAGCGUGGCUUGCCCAUUCUAAUGAUUGACGCAGCCCACCUGAACCAUGCCGCAAUGGUUGAAUGGCGAAGAACACGCACAAUCACCCCAUCAUCUCCCGAUGGGCCUGCACCAAGCGCUGACAUGGCGCAACGGGCGUUGGUGUUUCACGAUGGCUUGACGCGGUUUGUAUUGCCGCUCUGCACGGCGAUGACUGACCGGCCGGGCCCUUUGGUGCCUGUUACGAACUCCGUCUAUCUUGUCAAUGCAUCUUGUAUUUCUCUGAAGCAGGGUUGGGACUUGAAAGACUUUGCGCAGGAUGUCAGCUGGAUCUUGGCAACCUGUUAUCCAGAAACAAUCGAUCGCAUAUUCGUCUGCAACGUCUCCUCAUACAUCAUAACAAUAUGGGGCGUGCUCAGGAAAUUCGUCGACCCGGUGACUGCCGAAAAGAUCGUAUUUCUGAAGGCCACCGAUGUCUCCCCCACGCUGGAAAAGUACAUUGACCCCAAGAAUAUUCCAUCCCAGCUCGGUGGCCACUUUACAUUCACAAACGGCAUGCUCCCCGACCUUGAUGCUGGCAUUCGCAAGGCCCUACACUGGACGGCAGCGUCAGAUGGCAGUGGCACUGUUGGUUUGCCUCCGGGUCCGAUCAAAUGGGUUACAGAUGAGAGAGGUAGACGCGAGGCUGUGGCUACUGGGAGUGUUGAUGGGCUGCAAAGGACGGAGAAAGUUGCCGCUCUUGGGUCAUGAGUACAGGCUUCAAGAUAAUGAUUCCCCAACAAUGUAACGCCUACGUAUGCUAAGUCUCGCGUGAGGAGUUGAUUUCGCAUGGUUGUUAUGGUUAGAUGGAAAGUACUGAGACGUAUGCAUAUGUUGCUUUCAAAUUCAAGUAGCGCACUGCGCAUAACUAUAUGAUGAAGUACGAUUUAUCCCCUGGAUAUUGGUCAAAGCAAUCAUAUACA